GGGUUGACACCCUUGCACAUCUUCUGAUUGCUUCCUUGUGUCCUGGCUGCUGCUUUUCAUGUCUUCCGAGAUGUCGGAGCUCAGGAGGCGAGGAGCUGCUGGAGAUCAUGAAAGAGAAAGUGCGGGUGACAAGGAUAUAGAUGAAGAUGAAAAAUUUGGUGAACUGGACCUCAGAAAUGAUUCAGAAGUUCCUGAAGUUGUCCCAGCAACAGACAGCACUCCAGAAAUUUUUAAAAAGGCUCUUUCUGGCUUAUCUUCCAGAUGGAAGAACUGGUGGAUUCGUGGAAUUUUAACUUUAGCAAUGAUUUCAGGUUUCUCCCUCAUUAUAUACAUGGGAUCAUUUAUGCUGAUGCUGCUUGUCUUAACGAUUCAAGUCAAGUGCUUUCAUGAAAUCAUCACUAUAGGUUACAGAGUAUAUCGAUCUUACGACCUACCAUGGUUUAGAACAUUAAGCUGGUACUUCUUGUUAUGUGUGAACUAUUUCUUUUAUGGUGAGACAGUAGCAGAUUACUUUGCUACUUUUGUUCAGAGACGAGAACAACUUCAAUUCCUAAUUCGCUACCACCGAUUUAUAUCUUUUACACUUUAUCUGGCAGGAUUUUGUAUGUUUGUAUUGAGUUUGGUGAAGAGACAUUAUCGCUUACAGUUUUAUAUGUUCGCAUGGACUCAUGUCACUUUGCUGAUCACUGUAACUCAGUCUCAUCUUGUCAUCCAAAAUCUGUUUGAAGGAAUGAUCUGGUUUCUUGUUCCAAGCUUAAGUGUGAUUUGCAACGAUAUUGCUGCUUAUAUAUGUGGAUUCUUCUUUGGCAGAACACCAUUAAUUAAGGUAAAUGAGUAAAAAAUACAUAGCUUGAAAUAUGCACAUUGAUUACAAGAGAAA